CGGAGGACGAAGUGGUGGAGGCGGUGGUGUUGGAGGGCCGGGGUCACACAUGCUGUCUGACAGCCUGACCAAGAUGGAGGACCACCUGAAGCACAGCCUGGAUAAGAGAGUGACUAACGCCCAGCAGGACACUGUGGAGGAGCUGAUGCAGCGGUUCAAGGACAGCUUCCACACCAACGCCGCCAUGGACGUGAGCCACUUCCAGCACAACCCACACUCCUCCUCCACCAGCCGGAGGAGAGGACCCAACAUCACACGAGGGAAUGCGUUUGGUCGUCAAGGUGACCACAGUUCUGAAGUGGAGGAUGAGAUUCAGAUGAAGUUCUACACGGAACACAGGGGACGACGACGCAGUAAAGGUUGUCCUCAGAGCCCGCUGAACAAGGCAACUCUAACGCUCAUCACCAUCAGUACGUGUGUGCUGGCGGUGGUCUACAGCACGCAGGUCAGCUGCCCACUCUCGGUCAAGGUCACACUGCACGUGCCCGAACACUUCAUCGCCGACGGAAGUAGUUUUGUGGUGAGCACGGGCAGCUUCCUGGACGUUUCUAAUUGGCUGAACCCGGCCAAGCUGGCGCUGUACUACCAGAGCAACAGCUCCUCCCAGUGGGUGCGGGACUACUGCGGACAGCGCACCACCGAGCCGUGCGAGCAGCUCUGCGACCCGGAGACAGGAGAAUGCAGCUGUCAGGAGGGUUACGCGCCGGACCCCGCACAUAAACACCUGUGUGUUCGCAGCGACUGGGGACGAAACGAAGGUCCAUGGCCUUACACCAACCUAGAGAGAGGCUAUGACCUGGUCACCGGGGAACAGGCACCAGAGAGGAUCUUCAGGUCAUCCUACAGCUUGGGCCAGGGCUUGUGGCUGCCUGUGAGUAAGAGCUUUGUGGUGCCUCCAGUGGAGCUGUCCAUCAACCCAGUAGCCAGCUGCAAGACAGACGUGCUGGUGACCGAGGACCCAGGAGAUGUUCGGGAGGAGGCCAUCAUGUCCACCUACUUCGACACGGUGGACGACCUGUUGGCCUCGUUCGGGCCGGUGAGGGACUGCUCCAAGGACAACGGCGGCUGCCGCAAGAACUUCAAGUGCGUGUCUGACCGCCGAUUGGACUCCACGGGCUGCAUGUGCCCCGAUGGCCUGCGGCCGAUGAAGGAUGGCUCUGGUUGCUAUGACUACACCAAGGGCACGGACUGCUCGGACGGCUUCAACGGGGGCUGUGAGCAGCUGUGUCUGCAGCAACUGGAGCCCCUCGCAGAGGACCCCACCUCCAGCAACGUGCUCAUGUUCUGCGGGUGUGUGCAGGAGUAUAAGCUGGCUCCAGAUGGCCGGUCGUGCAUCCUGCUCGCGGAUAACUGCGAGGGUCCCAAGUGCCCCAGGCAAGAUGGCCGCUUCAACAACACGCUCUUCAGCGAGAUGCUUCAUGGCUACAACAACAAGAGCCAGCAGGGCAACCUGGGACAAGUCUUUCAGAUGACCUUUCGAGACAACAAUUUCAUCAAGGACUUUCCCCAGUUGGCCGAUGGGUUGAUGGUCAUCCCCCUUCCCGUGGAGGAGCAGUGUAGAGGAGUGCUGUCAGAACCACUACCAAACCUCCAGCUUCUCACAGGUGACGCUCAGUUCAACGAGGCCAUGGGUUAUCCUAUGGUGCAGCAGUGGAGAGUACGCAGCAAUCUCUAUAAAGUCAAGCUGAGUGCCAUCACUCUCGCCACAGGUUUCUCCAAGGUGCUGAAGGGGCUGACGGGGGACAGCACGCGGGAGGAGCUGCUGGCCUUCCUGCAGCAGUACGGCACGCACUACGUCUCCGAGGCCCUGUACGGCUCCGAGCUGGCCUGCUCCAUCUACUUCCCCAGCAAGAAGACACAGCAGCAGCUAUGGCUGCAGUACCAGAAAGAGGCCACGGACCAGACCAGCCGACGCGAGUUGCGCUCGCUGCCGUUCAUCAGCUACCUGUCGGGCCUGCUGAAGACGCAGCUGCUGUCGGACGACCUGGUGUCGGGCGUGGAGAUCCGCUGCGAGGAGAAGGGCUCCUGCCCCUCGGCCUGCCACCUGUGCUACCAGCCGGGCCACGAGACGCCCAGCCCCUCCCCCGUGCUCCUGGAGGUCAGCCGCAUCGUGCCCCUCUACAGCCUGGUGCAGGACAACGUCACCAAAGAGGCCUUCAAGAGUGCCACCAUGAGCUCCUACUGGUGUGCGGGGAAGGGUGACGUCAUCGAGAACUGGUGCCGCUGUGACCUGAACGCCUUCGGCAAAGACGGACUGCCCAACUGCAGCCCCCUGCGCCAGCCUGUUCUCAGGUUGUCCCCUCACAUGGAGCCCUCCAGUACGAUGGUGGCUCUGGAGUGGGUGGACGUGGAGCCUCUCAUUGGCUACAAGAUCUCCGAUUACAUCAUCCAGCACAAGCGAAUGGAGGACCCCUCAGAGGCCGAGAUCUACUCAGGUGAGGUGAUGAGUCUGGUGGAUGACCUCUUCUCUGGUCUGGGCUCCUCGUGUGUGGUUGCCGGGCGACGCCCUGCCGAUAGCUCCCAUGCCGCUGGCCUGUACACACUCGUCUUCAAGUGCCUGGAGCCAGACAGCCUAUACAGGUUCACGCUGUACGCCAUUGACAGCCGAGGCAGUCACUCGGAGGCCAGUUCGGUGACAGUGCGCACUGCCUGUCACAUGGUGGACGACAGCAGAGCAGAAGAGUUAGCCGAUAAGGUUUACAACCUCUAUAAUGGCUAUACGAGUGGGAAGGAACAGCAGAUGGCCUACAACACGCUGAUGGAGGUGGCGCCUCCUCUGCUGUACCGCGUGCAGCACCACUACAACUCGCACUACGAGAAGUUUGGAGACUUCGUCUGGAGGAGCGAGGAUGAACUGGGGCCCAGGAAAGCGCACCUGAUCCUGCGUCGUACGGAGCGCCUGAGCCACCUGUGCCGGUCGCUGCUGCGUAGCGGCUACAUCCAGAGCCGCUCGGACACGCUGCCCUACGUGCUGUGCCGCAGCGAGGAAGCCCGGCCCGCCGGCUCCACGUGGCACGCCUCCCUGCACGAGACGCGCCUCUCCUGCGCCGAGAGGCUGCUCGCCGUGCAGCGCAACAUCUACGGCAAAUCCAAGCUGCGGUGAGACGCGGACAGGAAGAGGCAGGCCGAGGGAGAGAGAGAGAGGUAGAGACGGAAGGAGAGAGAAAAAAAAAGAGAGAGAGAGAGACAGAGAGACAAGAUGCAAGAAAGGGGAAAGCAAAUGGGGGGAGGGGGAGAGAAAGACAAAGACACAAAGAACAAAGGAGAGAAGGGGGAGGCGAAGGGGAGAGAGAGAGAGAGACAAGAACAGGGAGAAAUGUCCCCCAAACGAACAAGAGCAACCUGGGAGAGAAAAGGAGCUGCAAUUGGAAAGAAUCUACGCCUGAGUUGGAUGAAGUCCACAUCUAAACCAUGCCUCAGACAGAACUGAGGAAGAUUAUAGCUGGAUCAAGCAUUCAUCAUCUCCAGCGAAUGGCUAACGUUUUCACCCGCAGACCAGGCCUCCAUCAGCACCGGCCACCUAUGCCUCUCUAUCUGGACUCAUUGCCAGUUGUCCUUCAUCGAUCUCAAGGGUGAACUCUCUUUCAGUCACCUUCCUUCUCCAGGUCAAGUUCUGUGUUACUCUCAAGGAUGCGAUCUGUCUCUCUCAAGGUCGUGAUCUCUGUCUCUCUCAAGGUUAUGCUCUGCCUCUCGCUGUCUCUGUCCAUCUAGACUCUCUUUGCCUGCUCUAUCCUUUGAAUUCUUGUUUUUCUACCAGAGGAACUCAAGAGCGACUCUAGAGAGAAUUUUAUAAACACAAAGGAACAUUUAGUUUAUCUCAGCUUUUUUUUGAGUUUCCGAAAGCCGAGCGGCAAAGUAGCUGGAAACUGCUUUGGGCAUUGUAAAGAUGAAAUUAUAAGAUUAUAUUUUAUUUUCUGUCAGGAUGAUGGCAGCCUUUCUGCAGACGUAACAUUCAGACAUUUGUUCUCUUCCCCUAGAGGAAAAUAAAUAAUGAACUUUAAAAAAAAAAAAAAA